ACAAAUAGGGAUGCAGAACGCAUGCGCACUAAGCUCCGUUUACUGUAGGAUAUUCACUGUGGAGGAAAAAAACGGAGGCAGGCAGGGAAGGCAGGCAACAAAUCGGGCUUUUCAGAAAAACAUAAAAUGCCGACUGGUGCAAUGUAAAUAAUCUACCAGAGACAAAGGACCCGGGAUUAUCAACAGGUAGGGAUUUUUGACUGAUUUGGGCUUCGAGAUGAACGUCUUGGUUUGAGCCUUUUCCUUUUUUCUUUUUUGGCCUUGUCUUGUCUGUCUGGGCGAUUCACAUAGAGCGAAGACUUGGGAAUGACUCUAGUCUAAUGGACGCACGGAUACGUUACAGGGUUUUGGAUACAACGACGGCACCGUUUGUUUUUAAGGGGACGUGUCGGAUUUAAACGAGCGUAAACGACACGACUGGCACACGGAGGAUGCAUAAUCUAUUAACACGGAUGUUUUUCAAGGUGUGAUGAGACAAAGGAACAAAGGAUGCCUUAGAGCUGAGGUUGCCUAUAUGCCUGGAAACCUCUUCAAAGCACACCGCCAAAUGGAUGUAACGCCUCCCCUUGCUGCCUCUAGAUCAUGAUACUCAGCUGAAGCUAUCCCCGCUAUCUAUAUGAUCCCUCCUCCAUCUAUGGCGAACUAUAGCCAUGCAGGGGACCACACCAUCUUGCAGAAUGUCUCUCCUCUUGCCACGUUCCUUAAACUGACCUCUCUGGGUUUCAUCAUUGGUGUCGGUGUAGUCGGCAACCUCCUGAUCUCCAUCCUGCUGGUCAAAGACAAGAGCUUGCACCGAGCGCCAUACUAUUUCCUGUUGGACCUGUGUGCAUCGGACAUCCUGCGCUCAGCAAUCUGCUUCCCCUUUGUUUUCACCUCCGUCAAGAAUGGAUCGGCCUGGACGUACGGCACGCUGACCUGCAAAGUCAUCGCCUUCUUGGGGGUGCUUUCCUGUUUCCACACGGCGUUCAUGUUGUUUUGUGUGAGCGUCACGCGGUACCUAGCCAUUGCGCACCACCGCUUCUACACCAAGCGGCUGACCUUCUGGACGUGCUUGGCAGUCAUUUGCAUGGUGUGGACGUUGUCGGUGGCGAUGGCGUUCCCCCCGGUGCUGGAUGUAGGGACAUACUCGUUUAUUCGAGAGGAGGACCAGUGCACGUUCCAGCACCGCUCCUUCAGGGCCAACGACUCGCUGGGCUUUAUGCUGCUGCUGGCUCUCAUCCUCCUGGCCACACAGCUGGUUUACCUCAAGCUCAUUUUCUUUGUUCAUGACCGCCGGAAAAUGAAACCGGUCCAGUUUGUGCCUGCCGUCAGCCAGAACUGGACCUUCCACGGGCCGGGGGCUAGCGGGCAGGCCGCGGCUAACUGGUUAGCGGGGUUUGGACGUGGGCCCACCCCGCCCACUCUGCUGGGCAUCCGGCAGAACAGCAACGCAGCGGGACGGCGCCGCCUGCUGGUGCUGGACGAGUUCAAAACGGAGAAGAGGAUUAGUAGGAUGUUCUACAUCAUGACCUUUUUCUUCCUGGCUCUGUGGGGGCCCUAUCUGGUGGCCUGUUACUGGAGGGUGUUUGCUAGGGGCCCAGUGGUCCCUGGGGGCUACCUGACCGCAGCCGUGUGGAUGAGCUUCGCCCAGGCCGGGGUCAACCCCUUCAUCUGCAUCUUCUCCAACAGGGAGCUGCGACGCUGCUUCAGCACCACUCUCCUCUACUGCAGAAAAUCCAGGUUACCAAGGGAACCUUACUGCGUUAUAUGAAGGCUCUCUGGGUCUCUGUGUUCCCAGAUUGAUCUGUACAGCGCUCUUUUCUUUUCAUCCUCUGUCUCUCCUGCUCUGACCCAGGCUUGGAGUUAGAAGCUGGACUGUCGGGCCCUGCCUAAGUGAUUGAAUAUAAUGGUAUCCAACAUGGAGGCUGAGGGGAAUAGAAUUAGAUACAGGAGGUGAGGAGCUUCUCCUGUUUUUGUUCCAGACUUUGUGGAAAGGCCAUGCAAAUGCAGAGAUUAAAAAAAAAAAAAAAAAAAAAAAAAAAAAAUGACAAGCAAUGAUAACCUCUUGCUUUGGAUAUUUUAAAGAUGCUACAUUUGUAAGGUGUGACAUAACUAAAAUAAGAAAAGAAAAAAUUCAGAAACAAAGAAACGAUACCUCUCAAGGAAUCACUGGAAAUGUUUUGCAUUUUAAGAGUUGCACUAAAAGAAGAUGUAAAGAUGCUUUUUUGGUCUACAGUUGGCAAUUGAAUUGCAAGGACAACCUUUUCUCUUUUUUCCAAACUAACAUUGAAUGCUUUAAUUUGCAACAGACUACACAAUCGCUGUAAGUAAAGCAAAACAUGGUGACUAUUGGAAUACACCAUCUCGGAAGGAUAAAAUGGUUUUAAUGUAAGUGAUAUCUUUUUCAUUUCCUGGGAGGGGGCUCACCGAUGGGGGAUUUACAAUGUGUACUUUUUGAAGUUGCAACUUAAGAACUAGAGAUGAUUUCUUGUAGUUUUCUGAUCCAUACGUCCUCAGUGUCUGGCAUUGUUGUUUUUUAUUAUCAUCCUUUAUUAUAAAAAAGAGGAAAAAAAUGGAAGUGAUGUUUGGAUUCUUUUGAAGUUGCUUUUGAAGAUCAACCUUGUGCUUAAAAAAGACAUUGAAGAAGUAGUUAAAUGUUUGGUCAUCUCCAUGUACCCACACAUAUUGUCACAGUACUGCUGAUGCCACUCCGGGUGUUCUUGCCUUAACGGUUCUGAUACUGUCAUAUUUGUUAUUUAUUCAUGUUUUUUCUUUAGAUUCAAGGAGAUUUCUGUUUACACCAACCAUCAAUUUGAUGUGCAUGUUGAUUUGACAAGCUGGUCCACUCCCAUGAGCACUAAACAGCCCAUAUUAAUUCUGCAUUGGUUUUGCUACACCCCACUAUUUGCUCACAGCACUGGGAGACAUGUAUGAAUGGGUGUCACUGCAAAUAUUACUUUUGAUGUAUGGGUGCAUUUGGAGCAUUCAACUUCACUUCAAGACCAGAGCCUUAGUACAAAAAACUUGCACAAUUUGUAAAAAAUGUAAAAGUAAAAAAAAAGACACUUAAGGCACACUGUCUUGUUAUACUUUCCCUAACAUUUGCUCUGAUUGUUUUCAAAGACUUACUUUUUUCUC